AUGGGAGAGUGCUGCAACGGAGUGCUCCCUCCGCCUCAACGCCACCAGCAGCUCUUCCACACCAGAGUGUCGCGUGACCGGAGGCUCCUGAAGCACGUUUACGACAACGUCCACGGAAACAUCUACCUGGACCCCGUGAGUUUUUGAGUCCUCUGCCGUCUGCUUUAUUGCGGUGUUUCUUCGGAAUGUAACUGUUAGACCUGAAGUCGGAUGGACUGACGAACGCACGGUUCUCCGUCUCCGUUCGUAAUAGGCCUCGACUGGAUGUUUGUGCAUGCUUGCUGAUUGUGGUGUGAAGCAGGACUCGACUUGGCAUCAUGUGGUUGCGUGCUUGAUUGCGGAAUUUCUUCGAAAUUGAAUUGCUAGGCUUGGAGUAGGAUGGACGGUAGUAGGCCCCGACUGGAUAUUUUUUCAUGCGUGCUGAUUGUGGUGCGAAGUAGGAUUUGAAUUGGCAUCAUAUCAUUGCGUGCUUGAUUUGGUGCUGACUCAUCGUUUUAAAUGCGCUCAGUUACCAUCUGAUGCUCUUCUUUUGCAUCAUCUCGUUCUCGUAUGCUCCUUUUUUUCGGUUUUUCUCUAUUAUCGUACCACUCCUGCUGCUUAUUUUUACUGGCUAACAAUUAUAUCGGUUUUCAGCACAUUUUUGUUAUUAAAGUCUCGGAAAACUUCUCGAAUACUUUGCAAUGGACUCGGUGAAGAGUGCUUGGAAUGAGCUGUAUCUUGUGCAGUCUUGUUUAGCCCCUCCGAAAUAUAUAAUGCCUGUGGAGCCUAACAAUAUUAGUGCCGACUUUUUGGAUCUUGUCUAGUAAGAGGAUGCGUGCUGCGUUACUCCAUUUUUAUAGUCUAUCGUUCGUCUCUCGUGAUAUUAGGUGGAUAUAUGUGCGUGGAUAUACAAAUAUAUUAUGAGAAGAUAAUGUGCGAGAAGUGCUGAUAGUCAUCUCCGGUUUAUUGUAAACCUGUUCUGAAUCUUAAGUUUAUUGUGCAUCCGAUCCCACAACAAUUUCGUGUAACAUGCAUCCCUUGUUCGUUGUUGUUCUAGUUUUCUUUACUAAUAAUCUUUAAUAAAAUUAAUAUUAAAAUUGGAAAAAAUAAAUCCAUUAGUUUCAUAGGUUUAGACCCCAACCUUUUUUCUCAAAAAGGACUUUUAUGUCUUGUAGAUCGAUGAGGUCUGGAGUAGCUGGCCAAGCUCCUAAAGUAGACAAAGUAGUUAAAAAUCCCAACUACAUAAGGACCUGAGUUAGAAGUCACAAAAGAACCAAGAACUCAGAGUUUUGUAAUGCUACCAUAUCCUUUCACUCUUUGGACUCUUUGCAGUCCUGUUUAUUAGAGUUCCCUCCAGCUUGGCGUCCUAAUUUUCUUAUUUGAAUUUAACCCUAUGUGAUUUCUCAGAUUGUUAGAGGAGAUUAUUUUUUUUGUAAAUUUUUUAAUUUUUUUUCAGUUAAGCCAUGUAGAAGCUCUAUGGUUCAUGCUCAUUUUCCCAAGAUAAAUUACCUUCCGCUGACGUCAACAGAAUGGUCAACAUUUUUUUGAUGAUUGACAUUGAUUCUUCCUUUGAUUGUUCGUCAUUUUAUGCCUCAUGUAAGUAAACUUAUUUGGUCUUUAUGAAUUUGAAUCGAUUUGUUUCUUAUAAUCAGCAUCAUAACCCUCUCAGUAAUUUAUUUUGGUACAUCUUGCUUACAGACGAAACGACUUCAGAUAGCCUUUCAUUUUUAUAUAUUUAAGCUGUUAUGAAUAUAAUCUGCAUCUAUCUGCUGCAGGUGUGCUUGAAAUUUAUUGACACAGAACAAUUUCAGAGGUGAGAACAAUAGUCUCUGGCUAUCAAUUAAGAGAUUUGUUCAAGUUUAUGCUUACCUAUAUUUUCAAAUGUAAUGCUUCAAGGCCUGACUUAAUCCUUCAUUCCAAUUGGCAGGCUACGAGAUAUGAAGCAGCUUGGUGAGCGUCGUUAGCAUGCUGGAAAUUUGAAAUAGAACAUACAAAAUCAAAGAGAAAUGAUUUUAUCCUCCAGAGAUAGAUUGAUGUAUUUAUAUUUUCAUUUUACUAUGGUUAGCUUUAGUUAUCUCAGCUGUUAUUCAGAAUAAAUGUGAGCAUUCAAAGUGGAUAAACAUCUUAAAAUAUGCUUUGCAGGAAUAGGAUAACUUCUUGUAAGUUCUAUGCCAUAUCUUAGUAGUACGGAUUUUCACAUUUUUGACUUUAUUUGCUCCAAGAAACCGUUUUUCUAUGUCCUUUUCAAAUUAUGCAGAGCUUCCAUUCAUGUAAGGACAUAGAUGUUGUCCACAUGUCAUCUAUAAAUUAUUGGAUGCCCUAAUGGCUCGCCCCUAGUGUCCCCUUCAUCUAGUAAAAAUGAUAUGAGAGGAAUGACCAAAUAAGGAUACAAGUAGAUUACUAAUCUUAUAAUCGUAGCAUUUGGAUUCCUUUAAUAGAAGUGUUAAAUAACAUUUAGAAUGGGAAUACUUUAGCGUUGGCGCCUAAUCUCAUAUUUGAGGUUACAGCCUAUGAAUCUAACUGUCAGAGAUGAAAUAUUUCAGAAUAUUCAUUUCUUCAAGAAAAACGUUACCUAUAGAACGUCUUAGAUAUGUCUGAUUAUGUUAAAGCUUUGAAUCAUUUGGAUGUUUUAAGCAUCAUUGAAGAUUACGAUUAUUGCUGAGAGUGAUUUUCUUAUAAUGCUGACUCCAUUACGUUCUGUAUUGUGGAUACUGAAAUGGUUGGUUUGGUUCCGACCUGUGUAGCUAUAUCGCUACCGUCCAUUUAGUCAGUUUUACCUUUUCAACUUUUCAAUAAUGAGAAGCAGGAUAUGUAAGCAUUAAAAUUAUCUAGGAAUUGGAAAGAUCUUAUCAUGCUCUUCAUUGCAAUGUUAUCCAGUCCUAUAUAAUUGACAAGAAAUGGGUCUAUAAAGUGAACCAACUGUGUAAAACACGUGUAACUGAGCAGUCUUAUUAAUAGUAAUAACAAUGUCUUUGUCAUUCUUGUUUAGUUUUUUAUACUUCCAUUAAACUUUCGUUUAUAGGAUGAAUGCAUGUCCUUGUCUGAACGUGGGUCAUUCAUUGGGUCGUUUGCAACUCUCGGCUUGGGGGCUACUUCUGUCGCAGUAGAGGCUGAGAUGUAGAAGAUCGGGGUAUAAAUGCCAAGAUACAGAAAUUUAUAUAGUGCUCCAUAUCCUAAUAAAAAAAUUCCAGCAGUUGUGCUAGUCUACCUUGGUCGUUUGAGAAAUAAAAAUUCAAGAGCUCCUCAUCUAUCCACAACAUAUUUUUUUGAAUUUUUUGUGGUCAAAAUAAAGGUUUGCCUAGUUUUCCUGAUUUCCAUUCAAGCAUGUGAUGGAUGAUUCUCAUUGAAAAUUUAAAUUAAAUUUAAAUAUCAAUUACAGAUUGGGUCUACUUGUGGCAAGUAAUAUUACUACCUUCAAAGUCCUUUCUCAUUAGAAUGUGCGGCAGAUUUAUCUUGUUAUAAUACUAUACAAUCUCAGCACCUCAUAGACUCUCCAAAAUUAAUGUUUUAAAGUUUGCCUCAUUUUUCUUUUGACAGUAUGAAGACUUUAUCAAUUAUGCCACGUCAUCUCUGUAUAUUCUUGAGAACCGUGACGUCAUAUGCCUAUCCUAAAACAUCUUGUUUAAUGUGCCCUUUAUCUGCUUAGGGCUAUAGUUAGUUGUUUCUAAGCCUCCUUAUUGUUUUUUUAUUGAAUUGUUUUUGUUUCUCUCAUUUUUAAUGCAAGUCAAGUACACCGGCCCAUCUGGUCAUUUUUUACUUGGUCUAUAUGACUCUUACUCACCAACAUAGAAGGUAUUUCAUACAUGAAUUGCGGCCAAUUUUAUUCCGUUAAUCUUUUUGGAUGACUGAGGUUCCGGAUGUUUUAGGUCUUACAUGUAUGGUUUAUCCGGGAGCUGUACACACUCGAUUUGAGCACUCUCUAGGGGUAUAUUGGCUUGCUAACGAAGCAAUCGAGUGCCUUCAAACUUACCAGGUCUUGAAGCUAUAACAAGGCCCUCUUUCCUUUUAAAUUUUGUUGUUGUUUAUUUCUCGUUAAAUGCUUUAGAAAAGCUACUAAAGUGCCUCAGCUACGCUUAUAGGGUUUAGAGCUUGACAUCGAUCACUUUGACAUACAGACAGUGAAACUUGCAGGUAAGUUAUUGUACUCUCAACAGCUGUAAAUUUUUGGUAAUCAGUAUUUCUAAUCCUUUUUCUGAUCUUGAUAGGUUUGUUGCAUGAUCUUGGCCAUGGCCCAUUUAGCCACCUUUUCGAGAAUGGAUUUCUUCCUCGUGUACUUACAGGAUCUAAAUGGUGAUUUUCAGUUUUCCUAUUGCAUCAAAUAGUAACAAUUGAAUAAUAAUAAAUAGGAAGUAAUUUAUAUUCGUUCACUUAAACGUCUUUGGUACUAAAUGUUAAAAUGCUUCGCUGUGCUAAAAUAAUAUUUACUGGCAGGUAUUAGAGUUUCACAGUUAAGUUUGAGAGCGUAACUGAAUAUCCUGCGGUAAUAUUGUUUGUCUGUCGCUUAGUUCGCUAUUAUCCCCAAUUUUAUGUGGUGUAAACUUAUCCGAGAAGCCACUAUCAGUGACUUAUUCUUUUUUGAAUGAUGUCGCCUUUGGCUUCCACGCACUCAAAUAAUCAAAUUCAGACCCUUUUCGUAUUCAUGUACUUAAUCACUUCGGCAUCUUGAUAAACUGUACCUUGUAGGAAUAGUUAUUAAGCAGCGUUGAGUCAGGUCUUAUUUAGGUUCUACUUUCGUGGACAAUGUAACACAAAACAGUUCCAGAACCUUCUACAGGACACGGAUGCAUGAUCUGUUGAUUCUUUGGCGGAUCCAUGCCUAUUUGGCAUAAGGUGCUAGGGGCAAUAAUUAUUAGAAGUUCUUCUGUUUUUUUUUUUUUUGCUCAAGGGUAGUAGAUAUACUGUGGUUGGUUUGCUAUGAUGCAUAUAUCCUCAAGGUGCUUUUAAUAACUGUAUUGACUCGUAGGAAUCUUAGCUUUUUAUAUUCACGACUUCCAGCAUUAAUCACCUUUGAAGGAAAAUCACAAGGGAAAAUUGAGCCUCUAUGAUCCACCCCUUUCUCCUCACAACUGUUUAACGAUGCGAACUGAUGUAAGAACUGAUGUUCUCCCCAAGUAAAUACUUUGUCCUUCAGCAAUGCCCAUAAAUAUUUUUUUAUUAUCAACAUGAUAUAGAUAAUCAUUUUUGGGCGGAUGCACCAAAUAAGGUUUUAUCAGUCUGAUGUUCAUUCUUUCCCCAAGGUCAAUCACAUGAAUUUUUUCUCCAAAUAAGAAAUUGGUGAAUUAAAUUUUAUCUUCUUACUGCAAUUUAUUAUAUGAAAUUAUUUUAAUAAUUUCCUGUAAAUAUCCGCAUAGAUUCAACAGAUUGUAUUAAUUUUUUCAUACACCUUGAAAUUUUUGUUUAGGUCUCAUGAGCAUAUGUCUGGGAUGUUGGUUGAUUUUAUUGUUGAUGAGCAUCAUAUUGACAUUGAUUCUGACAUCCUCGGAAGAGUGAAAGUAAGAUGGUUUUUCUCAUAAUUUUUCUGUUGUAGUUGUUAAGUUAACAAGGUUAUAAUUCUUUACGGUGCCAAUGGUUAUGCUUUAGGGGGCAGAGAAGUAGAGAAAUUAGAUACCCCUUACAUCCGAUGUGGCAAAAGAAUGAUACAUCUAACUGGCAUGGUCUUGCAAUUCAGAUUAUUUUUGCUGAUAAAAAGAAGAGCAAGAAUGCGAUGGCAUGUACAACGGUCAGACCGGAGAUGUCUUUGCACAUAUCAGUCCUACGAGGCGCUCUUUUUUCUCACAUAAAAUUCAUACGAAUAUAUGGCAUCCUGAGUAUGUUAGAUGCUCCAUUUUCGACCUUAUUGCUGCCAUCAUUUACCUUAAAGAAUGUAGGGCCCUACUUUCAUUUUUGCAUCACUUCCUUAUUACCAAUUAACAGUGUAUACGGGUUAGUUCAAGAACGCGUAGUUUUCCUCAGCCUUUUUCUCUUGGUUUUCUUUUGCUAAUGAUGGUUCAUAAAUCCUUAAUGUGAUAAAACAAACUAGAUGCAUUACAAAGGCUAUGCUCGAGCUGUUAUAGUGUAUUUGAAUCCCACUGUCUGUGGAUCUUGCCAUUCGCUUCUUACAUAUAUAACAUCGUUGGUUGUCGGCACUUGCCUCUGUUCAUUGUGUGAUCUUGAUAAUCUGAGAGCUUAUUUUCUCUAAAGUGGAGAAGUUGCUAAAUACGCCCCUUCGGUUCACACAGGAAAUGAUAGUUGCCAGCUGUAACGUUUCAGCACCGAAGGUGAGACACACGACUCUUUUGUUUUCCCAUGUGAUCCUGUUACCUCUGUUCCCUCUUUUAAUGGCUUCUUAAACAUUCUUUCAAACUUUCUUUCGCCUAGAAAUCCAGGGAAAAACAGUUCUUAUUCGAUAUUGUUGCCAAUGGCCGCAAUGGAAUCGAUGUUGACAAGUAUGGAAUCUAUUUAUUUCCCUUUCUCAAUAGCUUUCCGAUUUAUGGAUUUUUAUACCUUAAAAAAAAAUAUAUAUAUAUAUAUAUAUAUAUUUUGAACGUUUAUGCUGACUUCUUUAGAAGUGCCUGAUGUCGUUGUAUAUAUAUAUCCUAAUGAAUAGGUUUGAUUAUAUUGGUCGUGAUUCUCGUGCCUGUGGUCUUGGAUGCAAUUUUCAGUUCAGGAGGUAUGAAUUGAAAAUACUUGCGUACUUUGUCCAAACUUAUAUUUAUUAAUGCAUGUAGGGGAUUGUGUUAUGGGAUCUUUUAGAUAAUUUGAAUUCCAGCCCUCCAACUAUGUUGACUUCUAGGUUUCAGUCAAUAAGAAUGAUGCCGUAUGCGUUCUAUGUUGUUUGUUCCAGGCUAAUGGAGAGCAUGCGAGUUAUAGAUGAUGAAAUUUGCUACCCCGCAAAGGAAUGUUAGUGUCAGAUCACAAUCUCAUAUUUUUGCCGUAUCCAGAUGUAUCUUACUUCUACCCUGCUGAUAUGGUUCAUCCUAUUAGAUCUAACGAUCCACAAAUUAUUCGCCACCCGCGCUGAUCUUCAUCGAACCGUCUAUACUCAUGCGAAAGUAAAGGUGAUGCUCUAAUCCAUUCAUACGGUUGCUCUUUUACUCUAAAGCCCCAGCCAACUGACAGUAGGAUUUCUGUGCAGGCUAUAGAGCUCAUGCUCGUGGACGCACUCGUGAAAGCCAACGAUUUUCUGGAAAUCUCUUCUCACAUCUACGAUCCCAGCGAGUAUUGGAAGGUACUCUGAUCGUCUGUGCUGGUCACCCAGUCUGGUUAAUGUUUUACAGAUCCAUGUUGAUGCCCGUAUCUGGGUCUUCUGCAGCUAGAUGACACUAUAAUCAAAACUAUUGAAACAGCUCCAAACCCGGAGCUACAGGAAUCGCGGGAUUUAAUCCGGCGCAUCCGACGCAGAGAAUUAUAUCAGGUACGAAUCUCUUUUGUUCUUUUCUUUUUUCAUCAACAUUUAAAAUAUAAAAUUAUUAUUAUUAUAUUUUAUUUUUAAAGGGUACAGUUAUUCUUAUUUUGUCCACUCAUGUCCCUAAAAAUUCCAACCAUACCUCGAAGAAAUCACUUGAAAUGCGGAGAAUUGUGUUCUAUUUUACGUGCUAUGUUUAUAUUCUGCCACGUGUCCUAAAGGCUCGUUGGGUGUCUUACGGCAGUUCUGCAAUGAGUUUGCCGUCCCCAAGGAUGAACUGGAGCAUUUUAAAAACAUCACCCCGCAAGAUAUUGUCUGUUCUCAGGUCCUUCCUCCGGGCGCCUCGUAUUUCUGCUGUUACCUUGUCACUGAUUGCUCCACUGAGUGGUUCUAGCUGACAAGUCUUGUGCCUGUAGAGAGCUACUGGAAUCACUUUAAGAGAGGAAGACGUUGCGGUGAGCAAUGUCAAGAUUGAUUUGACAUGCGGAAACGAUAACCCCCUCCGCAGGUUCUUGACGGGCACAUAUUUUCAUUUUAAUACGCAUUUCGGUGCUUUCAUAAACGUCAGUCGAAUCGGCUCUUCUGCUGCUGAUAAUCUUUAAUUAUGUUUUCUGGGCCUGCGAAUGCGCGACCAAUCAGCAUCAACUUCUUCAAGGUAUCAACUUUCUCUGUCUAAUCCGCGAAUCCCGUUAAAACUUCCCUGCAAUGAUCUUUUCGUCAACGUCCCUGCCUUUCCCCUGUUCAUGUUAGAUGGUUGACUCUUGCUUUCAGGACUACGAGAGCGGCGGCAAGUUCCCAGUCUCUGACGACCGCAUCAGCCACCUCCUGCCGGUGUCCUACCAGGACAGAAUCGUCCGCGUUUACUCGAAGAAGCCAGAGCUGGUCGGUGGAACCUCACCCACCAUCUCCCCCUUUCUUUUCCUUUUUUUCUCCUCACCCCCUCGCUCACUGGUUUUGAAUUCAGGUGGAAGCGAUAUCGGAGGCGUUUGAGAAUCUCCAGCUGAGGAUGUUCGGCGUCAAGGCCCAAGUCCACGAUACCCCGGACAAGAAGAAACGCCGCAAGUAA